AUGUCUGAAAAUAAAACAAGAACGAGGAAGUUCAAUGGGAGCACAUAUGCGCCUGUGACAAUUAAAGGUGUGAAUCUUGCUGGAAAAACAUUUUUAAUAACUGGAACAACAUCUGGAAUUGGAAUUGAAACUGCAAGAUCACUGGCUUUCAAUGGAGCUCAUGUGGUUAUGUUGAAUAGAAAUGUAGCUGAAUCGGAAAAGCUUAAAAAGAAGAUAGUCGAAGAAAUGUAUGAUGCGGAAAUUGAUAUUAUUGAAUGUGAUCUCAAUUCGUUGGCAUCUGUGAAAAGAGCUGCUGAUGUGUUCAUUGAAAAACAUUGGCCGAUACAUUGCUUGAUCUCGAACGCUGGUGUUUUUGGAACUGCCUCGAAAACUACUUUAGACGGAUUGGAAUCACAUUUCGGUAUUAAUCACUUAGCCCAUUUUUUGCUGAUCCAGGAAUUGCUGCCAAUCAUCCGGAAUUCGACGCCAUCUAGAAUAAUCCUGGUGUCGUCUUCUGUUCACGCAAGCUGUGGAGUGACACCUGAAAUGUCAAUAGAUCAGAAAAUCAAAGUUUUGUGUCCAGAAAGUCCACUAGAUGCCUCCUGGUUCCGGCUAUACUCUCGUUCCAAGAUGUGCAAUAUGCUAAUUGCUUUCAAAUUACAUCGAGAUGAGUAUAUAAAUGGCAUCAGCACAUACUCGGUCCAUCCUGGUAAUGGUGUCAGAACAAGCAUAUUUCGUGAUUCGUGGCUUGUCAGUUUUGCCAGUAUUUUAUCAACUCCUUUCACCAAAAAUAUCAGUCAGGGAGCAUCGACUACUGUUUACUGUGCUGGACAUCCGGAAGUCGCGAAUGUUUCUGGAAAGUAUUGGGAAUCAAAUUGGGAUGAUGAGAAGAAUCUGUACAAGGAAGUGGCAAGAGAUGAGGAAUUGCAAGAUGCGUUGUGGAAACAUUCAGAGAGCAUUUUGAUGAAAUACUUGGAUGAUAGAAAGAAUUCUUGUCUUUUUGAAUGUUGA